AUGAGCCACGUCGAGCAUCUCGGAAUAGCCUUCGCGAACAUCGUGUACGCCUUCUUGAUCACCAUCGACACCGAUGACUUUGAGGCAUUCAUCUGCCGAAUGUUUGAGCGAGAAUCUCGCGAAAAGCGGGUGUUGAUUGCAUUCCUCAUGAAAAAGAGGGCGGCUCAUUUCCCGUUCGUGGCGGAUGACGUGCGUGAUGCAGAGGACGUGGAGCGGGAGGGGAACCGCUGCGCCACUGACGGGGAGCAGGACGGCGAGUGGCAGGAAGUGAAGUCUCUGAACGAAAUGUCAGAUGCACCCGUGGUGGGGUUUCUGGAGCGAAAUAUGGCAAUCAACGAUGUCGUGGCGCAGCUCACCGUGGUGCGAAACGCCUUCUUGGAAUGUAUCUUAGGGGUCCCAGAGGACGGUUCCUUCGCCGCGUCCACCACGCUGCAUCGCUCACUGCAACAGAUUCCAAACGUCUUUUUGAACACGGCGAUGGAUGGCGUAGAAAAGACUAUCAUGGAAGUUGUUUCAUCUCUCUGCGGCGAACUGAAGCAGAAAUACCCGCCAAACUUCUCUUCGCACUCAUUAACGGCGUCUGUUCGCGGCUUAAGGAGCGACCUCCCUGCUCAAUGGGACCGUAGUCACGCUCAAAUGCUCGGUAGUGCAGUGGAGCUUAUUUGGGCGUAUAGUUUGGCCUUUAUCUUCACUGCGGAUGACUUUGCCCGUAUUCGAUGCGGGGGUUUUGUAAAGUGCAGCCGAUUCCUUUUGCGUGACCUCUACAGGCCGUCUGUGGGCGAGGCAACAACUGGCUUUCGUCCCUCUCUUUGUAAUCUGCCACCCGUCUUUUUUCUCUCCUUGAAUCUUGCUGUGAUGCUGGAGAAUCACUUUUACGAUGUCCUCUCAUCGGGGGGCCUUGUGACGCGUCCGUCAGACAUGCACCUUCUGCUGCUGAGCCGCCUGUGCUACGGAUUUCUCUCCCAGCUGGAUGAGGCGUCGAAUGAGGAUCUUUGGAGGGGGUUGUUGAACACGUGCGUGUCUGUCAUGAAAGAGGCACGUCGCUCCUCACAAGGCUGGGAAGACCUGGAUUGGGGCAAUCUCAUCCAGGAGGUCGAUCCCUCUCACGCCACCGCCGACCCUGGACUGCUGGUGCAGGAGCUGGUGUUCAUUUGGAGGCGACAACAAGGGUGGUGGGGAACUUCAACCGACGGAGUGUCGCAGGUCACGGAUAAGCUGUGCACAGCGAGCCUGCCCAUUUUUCUGAUGAAGUGCCGUCCAGUUUUAUUCUCUUAUCGCUUCAAGGGGGCGAUAGAUGUUCUCUCAGAGCUUUGUGGGCUAUCAAGGAUGGGCGGCGGGAAUAAAAGUGAGAGGGCAAUAGUGGAUCAUGUUGCCGGCUUGUUUAGUUACGCGGUGCAGUUGUGCCAUACAUUUACCUGCCCUGCCGGGCCGCCUGGCCCACUCCACGACCUUUUUGAGCUUCUCCGGGGGAUGGUGCUGCUUUCGAAGCGGGAGAGGCGGUUAAAAGAGGUGGUGACGCUCGUCCUUUCCGGGUGCCUACUUUCGCAGUCAGCUCCGUACGGAGCCUCCCACGCGAGCCGAUGGUCGCAAGAGUGGGAACAAACAGAAAAACUGGUGGAUGGCUUACUGGAGGAGGUUGACAGCUGGCACAAGGCGAAACAUGCGAUCUGUUACUCCCUUUCACUGGCAGCUCUCCUUGGCAGAUGCUCUCUAAAGGAGCUGGAGCGGAGGCUACCGAAGUUCUUUGCCACAAUGGAGUCGUGGUUUGUGUCGGCCAACGACAUGGAGAGGACUGCCAUUCUUCACGCCACUUUGCACGCCGGUGGGUUGCUCUGUGACGUCUGCGCCAGUCAUGAUCUCCACUCCCCGUGCAAGUGGAACAAGUCCAUCAUGAGCUUCUUUGGCUCCGUGGAAAAGGUGCUGCAAAACGUGAUUGGCUCCAAGGGCUGGAAGGACACACCGUACACUUAUUCCUGCAUCGAGAUUGCCUCUGAUCUCUUGUUGUUUGCACUGCAACAGGAGCCAUUUCAGUCCUCCGCGCUGCACUGGCUGCUUAGGCUAUUGGACGCUAAGGCGAAGACAAGGGUGCUCUCAAAGAGUGCCAACGGCACUGGUAUUACCCGUGGCCGUUUGAUCGCCAUACGCACCAUGUGGGCUCUCUUUGAGUUGUACAACUGUGGAACUUUUUCUCCUGUGGUCCACCAAGGAAGUACCGCCAAGGAUAUUUUGCUGGCCUCCACCACCACGGGUGAAAACAGGAGGCGGCUCGGCGCCAUGUAUAACGCACCCCUGGAACAAAAGUCUUCUAUAAAGGAGAGAAUCAUUGGAUUUAUUGCGCUUCAAGGAACCUGUUACCGGCCUGUGGUGGCUACUGUUGAAGCUCUUGCUAUUUUCUGGCGCGGGGGCAGCCUGAGAAAUGUGAUUUGUUCCUUGAAGACGCAGGAGGAGGUCCGGCAGGGGAUCAAUGAGCUUCGUGAGGCCGCUUUUAGUUAUGCCCGACAACUCCAUACCAACGAGCGUGCCGAGGAUAUCGCGGAAUACACCCAUCAGCUGGUUCCCAUUUUUAUGUUGGCUCGUUUUUGGGAUCCGCCGCAGGUGCUGCUGGAAUGCGGCCUUGUGCUUCCAAAGCUGCUGAUGGGGCCGAAGACGCCGCUGUAUGAGGUGGUGGCGAACGUUGUGUUUCCCUUUUAUCUUCUUAAAACGGAUGAAAAGAGCAGGUGGAGCUCGGCGCUCGCCCUGUACCGACUCGUAGAAUGCAUUAUUGUGGAGCUGGGGAACGAUGAGGUUGGCCGCGUGGCACGCCUGGUCGAGUACGUGCGAUUACACUUAUCAAACCUGCGGGAUAGGAUGGAGUCCCUUGUGAAUGAGGACCUGUACGCCCAGAAGGCCGAAGGGGAUGGGGUGCCAAGCUGCAGCUCCAUUAAGAGAGACUCUUUUGAUAGGGAGGAGUACAAGAAGACACUUGCCGCUCGUCGCGCCAAAUGGGCUUGGCUUUUGGAUGUUUUGGAAGUGAGUCCGCUGCGUCCUAAGGAGCUGGGCUCGUCACAGGGCUCACAGGACUGGUGCGCAGUGCAGGCGAUAUGCAACAUUGCCCUUAUUGAUCUGCUGGAGGGACUGGCCGUUGCCUUAUUGGGGCACACAAAAUUGCAAGUGCGUCGAACUGCGUUGUUUCUGCUGGAGUUGGUUUCCUCACUUUUGCGAUUGCAGCGCCUUCAUUGCGGGGGGACAGCCCGAGUACCAGACAAUCCCCUCCUUGAUGGCGCACGUUGUAGCCUAUAUGCGCCGCUGCCGUCUGCAGGCAACGGGGGUGGACUUUCGUUGUGCACCGACGAGUUGAUUUCUCCCCGUGUUGCUGUGGCCGACAUUUUUGGGGAACUCGGUGAACAGUUUGAGGAGAUGUACGUCUCGAACAAGGAGCGCUACGUGCCGCUUGCGCAUGUCCUCGACAGAGGGGUGCCCAGCCUGGCAGGCUCCCUGUAUGAGAGGUUUGCCGAAGAGACACGACAAGGGAUGGCCGUGGAUGACUGGUCCAUAGCGAGCAAUUCCCUCCGCGAACCCGUUUCCGCGCGUCCAGCGGCGGUGGGGCCCGAAAGCACGCUUGUCUCCACGUCGUUUGGCGCACAUUGCCUCUCAGAGGAUGGAACCACACCACACUUCGUCUUUGUUUCCACCACCGCACUGGCGCUUCUCAUGUAUGGCUACCGCCCAGGAUCGGCGUUGGUGCGUGCGGUGUGCGCCAUUGCUGGGGAGGUGGUGGAGAGGGGAUCUCAUCGGCAGAUGGAGCGUAAUUCAUCCGUCUGGGAGUCUUGCUAUGUGCUCCGCUUUCUCCUCCUCUGCGUUGAUAAUGUGAAGUCCUCUCCGGAUGCCAACCGGCUAACACGUGGGGGUGAGCGGAAUCGGGCGGGGCAUCAGCAAGGCGGGAACUCCACAUUUGCGGGAAGGGCCAACGAGUUACAGGAGGUGAACUGUUAUAUUUGUAAUCGUCACGCGGCGUACCAACACCUGAUGGAGGCCAUCACGGUGCCGCUGCUUGUGCAUGAAAUUAGUGCAGAUAGCGCCUUAACAUACUUUGUGGACAUGAUGCAGUAUUUGCUCCUCGGGCCAAUGGAAUACGUCGCGACGGGGAGCACAUCCCUUGUCACUUACUGUGGGAUCAUGGACAGCAAGCACCCCAUCCUGGUGGCGCUGUUGAAUAUGUUAAUCGCAGGAGGCGGCAAGACACGUCGAGCGAAGCAGACGAUUGUACAUAUCUGUUAUGCCGUUUUACUGCCAAUGGUUCUUGUCAUCAGUCGUCGUUACUUUUUGAAACCUCCCUUUGUCCCCGGUUGGAAACAAAACACGGUUGCCACGCAGCGUGCUGAAAUGGAGACUAUUCUUCAGGGUGUUAUUGAUGGACUGCUGCUGGGCGAGCCCCAUAGCAAGGACCACGCGGCGGAGGAGGAGAGUGGGCGCAGCUUCUCCGUUGAGGCUCUGAGUCGCAUCGUGUGUGAGGGAAACGGCGUCUCCGUGCGAUCGUGCUUGUCGCUUCCCUCGCUUUCCUCCGUUACGGCGCAGAGUGACGGCAGGUCGAUGGUGGUUCAAACUGCGCUAAGCGACGUCACCUUGAGAGUCUUUCUUCGCGGCAUUCUGUGCGACGUGAUUGCGCUUGUAUACUCCAAAGAUGCCAAAUUCCUGGAGCCGCAUUUCAAGGGUAAAUUUCUCACGAAAGUGCUCUACUCACUGACGUACCAGGUGCGUUGGUUCCUUCAGGGAAACGCGCGCCAUUCAGGGAGAGGUUUCGGGCAAAAAUUGCCAAGGAAGAUGAAUGCAGUCAUGGACAAGAGCAUUUUCGCACUACAAACUGUAGUUUCUUCGCUUGAGCAGCCUACACUUCGCCGAGGCCCCUUGGAGCAUGCCUGCCCUAUCAUUAACACAUUUGGUAUAACGUUUUUCCAGUGGUUACAGGAAUCCUUACCAAUCGACUGCAAGAGCUUGGAGACGCACACGCCGAGCGUGUUUGGGCUUGCGGUCACACUUUUGGUGGCCGACGCUCCGUUGCGUGAUUCAGUGAUUUUUGUACUUCGUCAGCUUCCGUUAGGCAGCCCUGUGCAUCGCACCUUUUUUUCCAUUAUUGUGACGGCGUGUACGGCAAGGUGGGGUGGGCGAAAGGGGCCUAUGCUGACGCAUAGGUGUCAUGAGAAGGCGUACUUGUCCUGCGCGCGCUCCGUUACAAGUAAUGAUGCACCUUUCACCUACUCUGCCACCAGCUGGAGAAGUGAUGUGGUUGGCCUGGAGCUGAAAACUAUGGGAAGUAUUAUCUACUACGCCUUGGUCUAUCUUUAUAAAGACGAAAGGUUUGGGUACUUCUUUGAUCCCACUGUGCAGUCCAGGGCGUAUGACCUGCUCGUGCUGCUUUGUGGGGAAGCCCCUAUUGAGCCAAUGGCAGACCCGCUGGAUGACUGGCUGUGUUUGCUGAUGAAAACAUAUCGCCAAGGCUCUGGAGAGGGGGAGGCGGAAAAUGGUCUUGUACAGUAUCUUUUCUUAUUGGCCAGCGAGGAUAUUCUCUCGACGGGGUGCAAUACCUCCAGCGCCCUAGAGCGGCAGCGCAUAGCCCUAAGUCUGCUUUCGUUCUUUUUGCGGCGGGUGCAACCAACGGAAUCCAACCUGCGCACUGUGCUUAGUGUUACACACAUCUGCCGGAACACGAGCUCCGAGCUUGCCCUCGCCACGCUGUGGGGUGGAUGGAUUGCCUACGAGGGACGGGAAAGGGAACUCUUCGUCUCCAUCCUGGUGGGGUCCCCAAUGGACUUGGCAGACAAGCGUCUGGUGACGCAUUACAUUGACAGCUACAUCAAUCAUGAAAUGACACUGCGGGGCAAAGGGCACGAUGGGAAGCUAGACGGGCGUUCACGUGGGGCGUACUACAGCUUUCUCCUCUUCUCACUGUACCAAAUGCGGCUUUUGCGUGACGUCGUGACCCGUACCGAAGAGAGGGUGAGUGCAAAUAUGGAGCUAGCAGGGGAGUCGCACUCAACAUUUGCGGUGCCGGGAGAUGGGUGUGGGCAGAGUUUCCUAGCGUGCUCUUCGACUUCCCCCAGCCCCCUGAAUUCGCCGACAAAAAAGAAAAGGAGGUGA